UUCUUCUCUUCUUCUCCAUCUGUCUCUCAUUCUGUCCAUUUGAGAAGGGGUGGGGGCCAACUUCUUUUACCGUUCGCUUCUCUUUUGGGUUUUUAUCGUUUGCUUUUUUUAGUUUUUUUUUUUGCUGCUGUUGUUGCUUUCCUCUCGUUUUGAGAACUUUAUUUUGCCUGUUGAUAUUUUUUUUUGGUGUUUACCUGAUUCCCUCCCCCCUCUUUUUUCUUCAGUGGCUGCUCCGUGCCUGCCUGCCUGCCCCACCCCCCCUCUUUUUUGUCCAACGACCGGGAGGAAAAUCAGUGAAAAGGAAGCGAAAUUAAGGAGCUUUUUUUGAAAAUGGGCAGUUACAACAUUAACCUGGCCGGACCUGCCCCCUGGGGUUUCCGGCUGCAAGGGGGAAAGGAUUUCAACAUGCCCCUCACCAUCUCCAGGAUCACUCCAGGGAGCAAGGCGGCGCAGUGCAACCUGAUGCAGGGGGACAUGAUCGUGGCGAUCGAUGGGGUGAGCACCGAGGGCAUGACCCACCUGGAGGCCCAGAACAAGAUCAAGUGUGCCAACUUCAACCUGGCGCUCACCAUGCAGAGGUCGAAGCGUCCAGUUCCAAUGCCCACAGGUCCCCCAAGAAUCGAGUGUCUACCUAUCAUCCCUCACCAGAAGAUCAUUACCAGCCCUGCUCCCAACACUGAGUACACCACCAGCUUCAACCCCGGUGUGCUGAAGGACUCCGCCCUCUCCACUCACAAGCCAAUCGAGGUCAAGGGUCCCGGGGGGAAGGCCACUAUCAUCCACGCCCAGUACAACACCCCCAUUAGCAUGUACUCCCAGGACGCUAUCAUGGACGCCAUCGCUGGCCAAACCCAGGCCCGAGGCCCUGAGGCACCCAGUACGCUCCCCGUUAAAGACCCUAUCGUAGACAGUGCCUCCCCAGUCUAUCAGGCCGUGAUCAACACGAACGACCAGGACCAGGAGUUCUCUGACUGGGCACGCCGCACCACCCACCUGCAGUCCAAGUCCUUCCGCGUCCUCGCCCACCUGACGGGAACCGAAUACCUGCAAGACCCAGACGAGGAAGCUCUGAGGAGAUCAAGGGAAAUGUUUGAGUCAGAAGCUAAAGGCCCACGCUUUGCUAAAUUGAAAAACUGGCACAACGGCCUGUCGGCACAGAUCCUUAACCUAGCGGUAGACGAAGAAACUAGCCCCAGCCUGCCAGAUACUCCUAUUGAGCAUGCCCCGGUCUCCACAAUCCCCAUGCCCACUGCUCUGCCUGCUGAUGCUCCUGUUGACGCUGCUGCUCCCGUUGACGCUGCUCCUGUCGAUGCCGCUCCUAUUGACGCUGCUGCUCCUGUUGACGCUGCCGCUCCUGUUGACGCUGCCGCUCCCGUUGACGCUGCUGCUCCCGUUGACGCUGCCCCUGUUGACGCUGCUCCUGUCGAUGCUGCUCCCGUUGACGCUGCCCCUGUUACUGAUGAUGCUACUGCUAACGACGCUGCCGCUACUGCCGCUGCUGACGCUCCUGACGAUGCUGCUUCGCCCAGCGAGCCCGCAGCUGCGCCAGAGCCCGUAGCCAACGAUGUGGCGCCAGCUCCUCCCGCCGCCCCGGCUCCCGCCCCGGGGCCUGCUCCCGUAGCCCCCGCCCCAGAGAGCACACCGGCACCCCCAAAGUCUGAGGCCCCUGUGGCCCCCGCGGCCCCCGUGGCCCCUGUGGCCCCUGUGGCCCCCGCAGGGCCCCGCCACCUGUCUCUCGCCGCCUCCACAAUCUCCACAGCACUCAGUCACUCUAGUAACCCGGGGCCGCCCCCUACCACAGCACUGGAGGCCCUGUCAAUCACCCCGAUCUUCCGCACCAGAACUCUGCCCAAAAGAGUGCGCCCCCUGCCCAAGGGGAGGCCCUAUCACCUCAGCUUCAACAUGCAGCCGUCCGGUUACGCCACCCACCACAAAUCCCCUCCUUCCAGGCCACCCCCCCAGGCCCCGCCCAUGCAGCACAGCUCCAUCCAGAUCCCCAUGGGCCAGCCCCCACACAAGGUGGUCAGCACCGCCACCAUCCCGCCAGCCCACGCCUACCCUCCUCCGGCUCCCGCUCCGGUCCGUGUUCCCGCUCCAGCUCCAGCCCCUGCUGGGGGCCCCGGGGACAACAGGCCUCCCUGGAUCACCGACGGCGGCUUUGCCCAAAAGUUUGACCCCAGCAAGACCACCACUACCACAACGAAAAAAAUCCAGCCCCUGCCCCAAGCCGCUCCCCCACCCCCGGCCUACAUCCCCAACCCUCACCAGGGCCCCCCUGCCCCUAUCCCUGCUUACAACCCCGCCCCGGCCUUCAACCCCGCCGUCCUCCCCAUACCCCCCGUAGCGCGCGGUGUGGCCCAGAGGGCCGAGCGCUUCGCUGCCAGCAGCCGGACACCGCUCUGCGGAGCCUGCAACAACGUCAUCAGGGGGCCCUUCCUGGUGGCACUGGGGCGGUCCUGGCAUCCGGAGGAGUUUAACUGUAACUACUGCCACACGUCUCUGGCGGACGUGAGCUUCGUGGAGGAGCAGAGUGCCGUGUACUGCGAGAACUGCUACGGGGAGUUCUUCGCCCCCACCUGCUCCCGCUGCAGCACCAAGAUCAUGGGGGAAGUGAUGCACGCCCUAAGGCAGACGUGGCACACCACCUGCUUUGUGUGCGCGGCCUGCGGGAAGCCUUUCGGAAACAGCCUGUUCCACAUGGAGGACGGGGAGCCCUACUGUGAAAAAGACUACGUCGCCCUCUUCAGCACCAAGUGCCAUGGCUGCGACUUCCCGGUGGAGGCUGGGGACAAGUUCAUCGAGGCUCUCGGCCACACCUGGCACGACACCUGCUUCGUCUGUGCGGUGUGCCACAUCAACCUGGAGGGUCAGCCGUUCUACUCCAAGAAGGACAAGCCCCUGUGUAAGAAGCACGCCCACGCCAUCAACGUAUAGAUGCUGCGGGGGGCGCUGAAGGGGGGCGGGGGGGCACUUCUGUGACUCCCUGGCACUG